UCCCAUUUACUCAUCUCUACCUUUUGAAUUUUUCAUAUUUAAAACCUCGGAUGUGUCUUCGAUCUUAUCUCCUGUCUUCAUAAAAAAACACAUUCCUUUCACUUUCCUCCUCCCUCCCUCCCCCUUCCAACCUCCCUUCUUCUGUUCAUGGAGUCGGCUUCUCCGUCAGCUUAGAAAGCUUCACUUUUUUCUUCUUCUUUUAUCAGUAAUGGGUAAUUGCUCCUUCAUCGGAAUUCCUUCACUUAACAGAGUAUCUUCCACUGCAAAAUCAGAAUCUCCGAAAGCCACCAGUCUUUCUUUAGCGAAAGAGCAGGAGAAGGAAAAGAAGGAGAAGGAGGAGGAGGAGCAUGAGCAAGAACACUGUAUAUUGCCAACUACUCCCGAGGAAGUUGAAAAGCUGCGCAGGGAUUCUGCUGCAAAUCCUUUGAUUGCUUUCACCUACGAUGAACUAAAAGGAAUAACAGGGGAUUUCAGUCAGGAAAGUGUUCUCGGAGGAGGUGGUUUUGGACUUGUUUAUAAGGGUUUAAUCACAGAAGGUUUGGGAAAGGGGAUUCGAUCUCUUCCAGUUGCUGUCAAAGUUCAUGAUGGAGAUAAAAGUUUUCAGGGACACAGAGAGUGGCUGUCGGAGGUUUUAUUUCUAGGGCAACUUUCACAUCCAAAUUUGGUGAAGUUGAUUGGAUACUGCUGCGAGGAGAGCCACCGAGUUCUUGUGUAUGAGUUCGUGCCCUUGGGCAGUGUGGAAACUCAUCUGUUUUCAAGAGUUCUGCCCGGACUUUCUUGGGGUGUUCGAGUGAAAAUCGCAUAUGGCGCUGCCAAUGGUCUUGCAUUUCUCCAUGAAGCUAAAAGUCCGGUUAUUCAUCGGGAUUUUAAAACACCUAACAUUUUGUUAGAUGAGGAGGUCUGGACCAAGUUCUUAGCAAAGAUUAAUUUGAAUGAUUCUGAUUUAUUCUGGUCCAAGUUAUCUGAUUUUUGGUAUAGUUGGACAAGACAUAAGCAUGAUCCCAUCCCUUUUUCUGUUGCUUGGUUUCUCUGGAUGUACAGGAACCACACCAAAUUUGAGGACAAAUCAUCCCACUCCCCAGUAAUCCAUAAGUUUUAUUGGAAACCUCCACAACCUUCUACUGUUAAAAUCAACACUGAUGGAAGCUUCAAUGCAAUGGGUGUUGGGAUGGAGGGUGUUUUCAGGGAUCAUUCCAGUCAAUGCCUUCUAUUUUUCCAUGCUCCUGUAAAGGCUACUGAUGCACUUGCGGCAAAAGUUAUUACAAUUUUCUGGGCUUUAACCAUUGCUUACAACUCAGAAUUGUAUAAUAUCUGGAUUGUGGUGGACUUUAUCGUGCUGAUCAAGCUACUAGAAUCUGAAGAGCAACCUUCUUG